AUGGCUAUAUACUCGUGUCCACAUUGUGAAAGAGUCUUCAGUCGUCAUGCUUCUCUACGAAAUCAUGUGAAAACUCACGAUGAUAUAAUUGAUAAAGUUCUUAGAGAAAUUGCUGAAGAAGUAGAACAUGAACAAGAGGAAGUGGAUGACGACGAACGACUUGAGGAGGUGAGCUACGAAGAGGGAGAGGAAGAGAGAGGGAGUACUAAUAAUGAUGAAGUACAAGAGGAGGUGAGCUACGAAGAAGAAAGUGAAGAUAAUGAUGAAGUACUAGAGGAUGUGAACUACGAAGAAGAAAGAGAAGAUAAUGAUGAAGUACUAGAGGAUGUGAACUACGAAGGGGAAGGGGAAGACGAAGGGAAGAAGAAGAGGAAGGGAGCGAUAAUGAUGAACAACUAG